AUGAGUUUUGAGGGCGAACCAUUUAUAUGUCAUUCUAAGUAUGACCAGCUUCCAUUGAGCGGUCGACAUUGGUCAGUAGUAAUCGGUGAACCUUGCGCAGUUGUGCUCAUUGUACAUGGGUCAGGUGAACAUAGUCAGCGAUAUAAUCACGUUGCCCGAUUCUUCAACGAACAUCGAUUGGCAUGUGUGAGCUUUGACUUACGAGGCCAUGGAGAUUCGGGUGGUGAACGUGGCUACUUUCCUCACAUUAAUGCUGUUCUCGAUGAUCUCGAAUGUAUUAGUCAAUACAUUCGUAUUGAACUUUAUCCUGAUAUUUCAAUUAUCAUCUAUUCUCAUGGUACAGGAUCUGCGUUAUGUCUGAUCCAUGAUAUUCAACGGCCUCAAACACCUCUAGAUUGCCAGGCUAUGAUUGUAAGCACACCAUCAAUAUGUCUCAGAAAACGUCCUUCAACAAUACAGCUUUUCUUUGUGCGUGCAUUUGCUAAUUUGAAUCCUCACUUUCGUUUACCUAUUGAGGGUAACUAUACGAAUAUCUAUACGAACGAUCCGAUUGUUGUUGAAGCUUAUCGUAAGGAUAUACGUGUUCAUGAUCGAUGGCCAGCAGCGACUGUUGCUAUUCUGAUGGAAGUCGGAAUUUAUUUUGAAAAACAUAUUUUUUAUGCAUCAUGCCCAACAUUGGUUCAACAUGGAGGUGCUGACAGCAUCACACCCAUUAGUCGCAUUAGAAAGUGGGUGUAUGAACGUAUUAGAGGUGAAGUAACAUACAAAGAAUGGCCAGGGCAUUACCAUGAACUACAUAAUGAUUUGGACAAAGAAGAAAUUUUGGCCUAUGUAGUUGAAUGGAUAGAAAAGCAAUUAAACAUUUGA